UCUUGAUUCGUGGAAUCAUGCACAUUGAAAAUGCCAUUCUUUUAACAUACUUCUCAAUGCUAUACAUAUUCCAUUCCGUGGAGUGAUAUCAUUGAUACUCUUCUGUAUUAAAUAUUACUGGAUAAACUUUAAGACGAAAUCAACCGACAGUAUUUACUGGUUAGUUUCACGUUCAGAUUUCAUUUAAGGAAAGUGCACAAGUUCAACUUACUGCGUUCGUCUUGAAAGAAUCAAAAUUCAAUCGGCGUUCAAGUUUUUGUUUGUGUAUUUCAAGUUAAAAUUCACUACUGACAAGUUAUUUAACUUUGCAAAGAGGAGUGAGUGAGUCAGUAACAAGGACAUUACACUGUUUGUGUCAAUUUUGUAUUUAUGUGUGUAACGUUAAGUCAGCUCAUUUAACAAAGACUAUUAUAAAUAAAUAUUAUAAUGCAUGGGAAAUAUGUCGUGUUUACCUUUUUUGUGCACAGUGAGGUUACAUUAUGCGAAUAUAAUAUUUGGUCAAUGUGAAUGUGAAGGUCUUAUGCAAAAAAUUUACACCCACACAUUUAUUUAUUCAGUGGUAACAUAACAUCCAUGGAAUAAGAUAUUGGAAAUAUUUUCCAUGCUCUCAGGUUCAGUUUAACCAUAAAUGUGAGCAGACAGACACAGCCUUCUCUUAUGCUCAAUAUUAAAAAUUCGCACUGCGAAUUAGUGAUUAGUUAUUUGCCAAUAUUUUGCCAAAGUUUAGUGACUGGAUUGAUAUUUUUAUCCCGUCGAGAAAUAAACCCGUAUACGAUUACAAGAUUAACAGACACAUUUAAUUAUAAUUACUCAUUUUGCAUGCAUAUGUGUAUACGAUGAGUAAUUUAUGUUUAUGAGGGGAUAGAUAACAUAACAUCCUAAAUUAUUUGCAUAUUUGGGCCUGGCUCGUUUCUGUGACUAAUCAACAAUUUAAUUUUGCCCUGCAAAAGUAACAAUUCUUGUGCUCAGUGUAAUUUUGUGGAUAAAAGUGUCAAAUUUUUGUAAAAAUUAAGAAAAAAUGACUUCCCAAACGAAUAACUCUCGAAGUCUGACUCACAAACGGAUCCUUAUCACAGACGUGGAAAAUGAAUUUGGAAAAGAGCUCUACACCGCGUUGCGAAUUGAAGGCUGUCUGAUUUUCACCUUUGUUCGAGAACUCUGCCGUUUGGCGAAUGUCAUGUCGGAGUUUCCCGACCUCGUCCCCGUCCUUCUCGACCCCACGGCUGCCACCACGGCGGGCGACGAGGGGCACAAACUCCUCUCCAGUUUCCCCUCCUUGGACCACGUCGUCAAUCUUUCGGGCGACCCAGGACUCGAAAUCGUCUCACGAGCACUCGGAAGUUGGAAAAUUCACGACUUUGGCGAAAACAAGACGAAACCAUUAAUUUCAAAAAUGAAGGAUGCCGGAAAUAGUCAAAACCUGAUUUUUCACUCGUCCGCAGGGAAUCAGAACCUCAUGAGCAAACUAAAAGCAAAUCUAAACCCUCGCUACACUGAUUCCGCGACCGCCCAAGUUUCCACCAGUGUUCGGAAAUCCUUCAAAAAAUUCUUCUCAGGAUCUACCACAACUUCAGAGACGAAUAAUAGUCACCCUCCUCCCGCCACAAGUAGCACGCUGGCACAAUCCGUCACUUCCGGAAAUAAGCAUGCCAACGAAUUCGCCUCGAUUGCAGCCACAUUAUCGCAAAAGGUCAAACCCACCAAAGAAUCGCCUCCAUCGUCCUCCUCUCCUUCGCCACGAUCCACCCCGACGCCCAGUUCGACACUUCCACCUUCCACCAAAGGUCUGGAAACUCUGCCCGAAAAGAAUGAAAAAAUCCGCUCCAGUAUGCUCAAAGUUAACAAGAAAACGGUCAAGAAAUGGGCAAAACUGUUAAAAAAUAUGGAAAAAGAUCAAUUCUCACAGUUAAAACAGCUCGACAAAAAUCUCACUACGUUCAAAAAGUCGGAGAAAAAGUCCCUCAUGGCGCAAAAUGCGGGCGCCAACGCGGCCACCGCCGCCCGAUCGGAUGUCCUCUCAGCCGAUACGACGAAUCGAAUCAUGGCGUCACGCGAGGCCAGAGUGGAUCGCGAAGUGGAUAAAAAAGUCGAAUCGAGGAGGGACGCUGACACGCAGAAAAUCGCGGACGAGAAGAAAAUCAAGAUGGAAACUUUGACGAGGAAGCUUUACAGGAAAACGGUAGUGAAACAGAUUGCAGAAUUUAACAAGAUUAAGCAAAAGUACUUGGUGUAAAUGUAGUUUUUUUUUGCGAAUUCAAAUUUUUUGUACAACGAAAAGAUUUGUAUUUCCUAAUAAUUUUUGUACAAUUAAUGAGAGAUACAGAAUCAUGGAGUAAUAAAUUACAAACUUUUUUUUAAUUACUAACAUAAA